AUGCAGUCUGAAAACAGUGGCCAGUCACAUCUCGAACCUUUUCGACAUACAGAUAGUACCGCAAAAGAUGUACAGCAAUCGAAGUACUCUGAAAAUUACGUCGCCGACAACAAAGGCGCACAUCCAAAGACCUUGCGCCGUGAAUCUUCAAAGUCCGCAAACUUGAGGCAGGCACGUGGAUACGUCAUAAUCCAGGCCGUCUGCCGACUUGUUUCGACAAUACUGGCGCUGGCAAUAGCCGGACUUGUUGCUAGGUCUCUGGCCGUGUUUAAUGCAACAAAGAAUUACAAAGUCCUCAUGAGCUUUGCGCUGGUCAUGCCUGCUUGGCCUUCGGAUUAUGGCAGAUCGCUCAUGGCUACUUACUUGCUUCUGGCCGCAGCCGCCAUCACUUUGGUUUUCGGAAUCCUCAUGGCCGUGACAUGGUGUCUCUUGGCGGAAAAGACCCAAUGGAAGGGGCGGCUUGGCCAUGCUCUAUCCAUCGUACUUCCGUCCAUUUCUUUUGCAUUGUUUGUAGCGGCAUUGGUCGUUUUCAAGCUUUAUGACGGGCCUGAUGGUAUCCGCGGUUGGAGCUGCAUGCAUCAGAAUAUUGAAGUCGAUUUUGACAGUAAUGAGAUUGGCUUGGGUCGCGUCUGUAAUGCACUGAACGUAGCCUGGGGCCUUGGAAUCGCUGUUGCUAUACUGGAAUUUGUUACCUUGGUCAUUAUUUUGAUAAAUGGUCUCUCAGCAAGAGGUCGUGAAAAGAAGAAGAAGCACGUCAAGGUUACUCGAACUGGAUACCACGAGUUGGAGCCAAUGGUUGAUCAGGAGCUCGCCUAA